AAGUGGUGCUGCAAUCUGUCGCUCGCCCUCCCCGCACUUUACCGCAAGGUCAACGAGCUGCCUAUUGCCACUCGAUGGUGGCGUCCCACUUGUACGCCGUCGGCUCUAUCUAGGCACCGGGAGCAAAAUAACACCGUGGCCUUGACGACAACCAAGAAAAUGGCUGCAGCCCGCCCGAAACCGUACUACCAGGUCAUCGACGGGGUACCCAGGUGCCCUUUCAUGACCCCAGAGUCCCUCAGGCAGGGCCUCGACUUCGUUGCUCGCAAGGGUGACCUGCUACAGGUUUCGUACCCUAGAAGCGGCACGCACUGGGUGCAGUACAUCACACAGUUGAUCCUCAAGGAGGGCGAGCCAGUCGACACGUACGAGCAGUUCAUGGAGGGCGCCGUGUUCAUCGAGUACUUCCUGGGUGCCCCCGACUGCAAGCAGAGCACCCCGAUGCGCACCCUGUGCACUCAUUUGCCAUUGAGCAAGGACGAGCUGAACCCAGAGGCCAAGUACAUAUACGUGGCUCGCAACCCGUGGGACGUCUGCGUGUCACUGUACCAUCACGAGAACAACUUGAGCUUCUUUCGCUUCGAAGAUGGCACAUUCGACGAUUUCCUGGAAGUUUUCUUGACAGGCGAACUCGGAUACGGUUUCUACUUCGACCACGUGACCGCCGGAUACGCUUUGAAGGAUGAGCCGAACGUGUUCUUCGUGACGUACGAGGAACUGACGAGGGACACGCGGCGUACUGCGAUUCGGUUGGCUCGUUUCAUCGGCGAGCGCUUCGGCGCAAUGCUGGAGGAAGAGGGCGAAGAAAGGCUGAGCCUAAUCCUGCAGAGGAGCAGCGCGAGGAGCAUGAAAGACAUUAUGAUAUUCAACCUGCGCGAAAGCGCCGACCCAGGAAUGCAGGAACGCUUGGACAAACUCAACCCGUCAUCCAAGGCGGCGCGCGAGGGCGACUCGAAGCGCCACGAAGUGCUCAGGCAGGCCAAGGUUGGAGGAUGGAGAGAGUACUUCUCGCCCGAGCAGCUGCGACGCAUGGAAGCCACAAUUGAGGAAACGACGCGAGGAUCUGACGUCAUUGAACUGUGGAGUGACGUGCGACGGGAAGCGCUGAGUUUGUGUGAACAGUCUGGGUAGACUCGACGCGCUCAGCCACGCCUUCCUUCACCGAGGACAAAACCGGCUGUAACGGCAAACAAGACCGGGGACCGUUAUCGGCCUCUUUAGUAGAUCGUUAAAACCAUGUCUCUCUCUGUGUUCACGCGAUGCGGUGUCACUCAUGUGGAGGCUAUGCCGGCCUCAGGAUCGGCUAAGAAAAAGGAGGAUGUGUUUAACGUUUAUCAGCCCUCAUUUGCUCGAAGCACGCGCACCAUCCGUUAUAACCUUUCUUUCUUUCAUUCCUUUGGAAGGCAGAAUGGGUAUGGGCAUUUAUAGGAGGUACGGCGCUACUUCGCUUUCCUUACCCUGCUACCAAAGGACGGCGCAUGCAGUCAGUGGACUCAAUCAAAUUGACACACGGCGUUUAUGACACAUCCGUGACAGUUGAAGCAGAACACCUAUUAUAGCUCGUAAGAAAACAACUGUCCCUUUCGACAGCGCGUUUUAUUGCUGUUAGCACGGGAGAUCGGUUCGUCCUCCAGGUUGGCUUCGUGAUCCUGACUUUUUUAAAAAGUAAGGGCCUGGACUCUAUAAGCUUUGAGUAGACUUGCCUGUUAUGUGGUUUGUGUCGUCCUCUUAUCGGCAUCGUAAACCAUCGUGCUCCUCCUUGCUUACCUCAGGAAAACGUCACUGCCUUUUUUAUCAUUAAACUUUCUCUCUCUCUCUGUCAAUACGAAGCAGAAUGAGAGAAACGUACCAACUGCGUACAACUGUUCUUUGUCCUUCAGCACUGCAAUUCACGCUAGAGGAUCCAGAAUAACGUUGCCGAUGUAGCUGACAUGUAGAAAUGCGUCUGUUUCAAAGCAUUCUGGAUACAUGCCCGAAUGCGAAAAUAGAUUUUUCUUUAGCAAGAGCUAUGCUAAAGCUGUACGGCAGGAGCGCCCGAGAACUCCUUUGAACUCCUUCGACUUUUUCUCGAGGGAGGUGCACUCUGAGUCACGCGGUCACAUUUUCAUUAAAAAAAGGAGGCAGCCGUAUACAUGUGCGCACGCCGUCUGUUCUGAUGUCAGUAAGGGAGAUGAUUUUGCGUGUUUCUUCUAUUAUGACCUCUUCACGCCACAAGCUUGACCUGCAUGCAUUUAUUCAAGAUUCCGCUAAGUUGCUUUA